AUGGCUCCAAUUCCACAUGCCAAACUCCGUCCUGUGCAAAAGCCCAUUGUUCACGAGCGCCCGGCACCUCCGCCACUACCACGCCCGGCAGCUCGCCCGUUAAAUCCAGCAGAUAUCCGCAAGACUAAGGAGUACAAGGUCGCGGCGCGACGAUGGCUGUCUUCAAUUGUGGCGCUACCAAUUGUGAUUUAUACCUCGUGGAUUCUGUACGAACGUGUUUAUGGUGAUAAACAGCCCAAGAGGCUGGUCAUGACGGAGCCAGCACAGCCAGCACAGCGGUUCCAGUCCUCGCAAUCUGAAUCUUCGUAA